AUGGCAAUUAGAAAUCAAACUAGCAUCUCCGACUUCCUGCUCCUGGGCUUCUCUGACCACCCAGAGCAGCAGCCUCUCCUCUUCGGGCUUUUCCUGGCCAUGUACCUGGUCACCAUGUUGGGGAACCUGCUCAUCAUCCUGGCCAUCGUUUCUGACCAGCACCUCCACACCCCCAUGUACUUCUUCCUGGCUAAUCUUUCCUUUGUUGAGACCUGCUUUUCCUGCACCAUUGUCCCCAAGGUGUUGGUGAGCAUUAAGACACAACACCAUGCCAUCUCCCAUACUGGGUGUCUCAUGCAGAUGUACAUCUUCAUGGCAUUGACCCUGCUGGAUGACUUCCUGCUGGCCGUGAUGGCAUAUGACCGCUAUGUGGCCAUCUGCCUUCCUCUCCACUACACCACCAUCAUGUGUCCCCAACGCUGCCUGCUGCUGGUUGCCGCAUCCUGGCUCUGCGCACACCUCCUGGCCUUCUCACUCACCCUCCUCAUGGCUCAGUUCUCCUUCUGUGCCUCCCAUUCCAUUCCACACUUUUUCUGUGAUGUACCACCGCUCCUCAAACUUUCCUGCUCAGACACUCAGGUCUACCAGGACACAAUGUUAACUGAAGCAGUUUUCACAGGCAUGAUUCCUCUCACCUGUGUCCUGGUCUCUUAUGCCCACAUCAUGCACACCAUCCUCAGGAUCCCCUCAUCAGGAAGGAAGCACAAAGUCUUCUCAACCUGUGGCUCUCACCUGUCAGUCGUCACUCUCUACUAUGGGACACUUUUUCUGGUGUAUUUCCGGCCCUCAUCCUCCUACUCAGCAGACACUGGAAUGGUUGUAUCUGUGAUAUAUACAAUGGUCACCCCCAUGCUGAACCCAUUCAUCUACAGCCUGAGGAACAGAGACAUGAAGGGGGCUCUGUGGAGGCUCUCAGGCUGGAGAAGAUACUCUACUCCAUAAGAGGUCCUGCCCCAGACUGGAAGAUCAUGCUCUCUGAAAUGCCUUCUCCCUGCACUUCUCCACAGCAAUUUUGAAAACUCAAGUUCAAGGCAAGAUGGAUGCUCGCCAUCAUGAGCAGGUUCAUCAAACAGAGAAUGCCUAACUAGACAGAAGGAGAAUAAGAUCAACUUGCCAAGGACACAGCUACAACCUGGAAGAAGGAGUGGCCAGCCAUUCCUACAAGGUGACUUGAUUAGUGGGUAUACAGGUGUCCAAAAAGAUUCAAACCACACAGUGGGAAUCGCCAAAAGAAAAACAUCAGACAGAACUGGGGUUCUGGGAUGAAGCCAGGUA